UCAUAGAAGUUACUUAUUAUCUGUCAUACACGUCUAUUAUAAAUAAAAUUUUGGUUAAAAUUCAACCUAAAUUAAAAGUAAUCUAAUUAUAAUGGAACUUUACAAAUUACACUUUAUAGUGCCAAUUCUUCUCUCGCUAUUAUUUCUGAUAUUGGUGCAAAUGGAAAGUAACUUUUUGCCAGAGCGUUGCAUUUAUCUAAAAAAUGACACUGAGCUCCUCAAACUUAAAUGCAAAGGAAAAUAUCCGUUGUGGGCCUCUACUAAAUACCAGGAUACAUUAAUUGACAGUGGUGAACCGAUGGGUAUAUAUAUGGUCGCCUCAUUGCACCACGUAGUUGUCGUAUUAAAAUCAUCUCCCCUAUUGGAUUGUCCAACUCUUGAGUUUAUCGAUGUGAACGUUUUGAAUUGCAUUGAUGAGAAUGGCGGAAAUAAUACAAUCACUUUGUCCAGUGCAUCAAUAUUUUGUUUUCCAUUUCACAUUCAACUGCCCGAUGAUCUUUUAAAGGACUGUCUCGAACAAAAUGAGAUGGAGAUGGAUAUAGUUAGCGAUGUUUUGAAAACCAAAGUGGGUGUCGUUCACUACACUUUCGACGAGAAUCGAGCAGCCGAUGGGCAAACAGCCAGUAUGGGCCUUAUCUUUUUACUUUGGAUCAUCAUUUUUAGUCAUAAAUUUAUAUGCUUUUAGACAUUUUUGAAAAAGAAAAAGUAAAGCUAAAAAAAUUUA